AUGCGCAUCUUCUCCCGUCUGCUCAUGGCCACCCCGGCCACUAUGGGCUCCAAGUCCAGCCUCAGCGAGGCCCUCGCGCUCCUCCCGCCGCUCCAGCUCUACCGCCGCAUCCUCCGCGUCCACCGCAAGAAGCUCGAUCCCGAGAUGCGCGUCCUCGGUGACGGCUACGUGAAGAGUGAAUUCCGGGCGCAUCGGAACGUCGAGAAUCCGCUUCAUAUCAUUGGGUUCCUUACGGAAUGGCAGCUGUACGCGCAGAAGCUGGAAGGGGAUACUUGGGUCGGCGAGAAACUGGACAAGGCGAAGCUGGACAAGAUGAGCGACCAGCAGAUUGGGCAGCUGUACGAGCUUAUGCAGGCGAUUCAGAACCCGGAUGGAGAGGGUGAGAGCGGCGAGGGGAAUGGAAAGGGAAAGGCAUGA